AUGAAUCCUCCAAAUUCCAACACACUCGAUGAAAUUAUUCCAAACGCUGUUGUCAUCAAGAAUAUCCCUUUCUCACUCCCUAAAGACCAGCUACUUAGCAUUAUCCACGACCUCAACAUCCCCACUCCAUACGCCUUCAACUACCACUACGACACCUCGAACCCCUCCAACGAUCCCGCGUUUAGAGGUCUCGCUUUCGCUAACUUCAGAACUUCCCAUGAUGCGUCGGCUAUCGUCGCUGCUCUGAACGGCUUUGACGUUUUGGGUAGGAAACUACGCGUCGAGUACAAGAAGGUGCUCCACCCUCAAGACAAGGAGCGUAUUGAACGUGACAAGGCUCUUCGUAGAAUGGCCAGUUUGGGAAUCAACAACCCUCUCCCUUUCAACCCUCCUGACUCCUUCGACGACUCCCCCACCAACGUCUUCGACUCUGUCCUCUCCGAUAGAGACUCUCAGGCCAGCCCUCCCACCAUGUGUCACGCUGAACUUGACCUCAACGAUCCAUCCACCCUUGAGAUCUACUCACGCAUCCUCGUCUUCAAGGAGGACAGAAUGAGGGAUGACCUCGCUUUUUCAAAAAAUUUGACCAUGUCUCAGAGGCGCAUUGUUCAUCUCGUUGCACAGCGUCUCUCUGUCUACCACUACUCCAUUGGCCAAGGUGACGACCGUUUCGUCAUCGUCUCGAGAAAUCCUCCUGAACCUCCGACGCCGCGCAAUGACCCUGCCCGCUCACUCAAGCACUCCUCCUCAACCAUCACAAGAGGCGGUAGACCUGAUCUUGUCAGCAACACCUCUUUCCUCAGUCCCGCCUCCACUGGUAUCGGCAUGCAAAUCCCGCCUGGAUUGCGCACCAAAAAGUCCAUGCCUGACAUGAAGAGAUUGAAUGGAAGUGCCACUUUCAACACUGCACCUGGUCUCACCAGCAGAGCGUCUAACAGCAACCUCAAAGAAGCGUAUUCGUCGAUUCGGACAGCCCCAGAUCUUCAAGGUGUCUCAUUCGCUCCACCUAUGCUCUCUGGUAGACGCUCUGCGACUCUCGGUCCUGGUCCACCGGGUAAUGGCGGUUUCGCUUCUCUAUUCGCUCCACCCCACUCUCACUCUGACGCAGCGGGUGCAGGUGCGGGUACAAAUGCCGCACGCACUUACUCGGAGGCAGGCACCUUCCAUCCACCCCCACUCCCUUUCCCACUCGACCUCGCCACCCACCAUGGAUCUGCAACUCCCUCGGAACAGUCCCUUACGACGUCGCCUGCGCAGAUGAGCGCUGCGCAGUUGACAUCUCCACCCGUGCGACAACCACGCGGACCACCGUCAACUACGGCAUCGCAGGGCUUCAGCCAGCCCCCCUCGCGUGGAAUCAGCUCGCCUGCCCUCUCACCUCAUCCGAGUCCUAGGUUGAACCAACAGCUACCAAUAGCAUCCCACUUGAAACACCCUCAUACGAGCAACUUUAAUCACACUCACCCCUUCACUCACUCUCUCCCCCUUAAUACCUCCUCCUCCACAUCCUCUCCUCAUACUUUAACGGAACGCACAAACGAGAUAAUGCAUUCAAAUAACGAGUAG